UGAAAUUGUCAGUAGACUGAAUGCAGUCAUGUUGUCCAGUCGUAUCGGAAUUACAAUAUUUAUCAGUGCAUUUAUUUGGCAAAUUGACGCUAAUUGUGAACAUAAAGUAGUAAAUACUGAACGGGGUCGUGUUCGAGGAUGUAUCUCAAAAACGCUGCUGGAACAAAGACCGAUUGUAUCUUUCACUGGAAUUCCCUACGCACAGCCUCCUGUCGGAAAUCGUAGAUUUGAGCAAGCUGUUAAACCGGAACCAUGGAACUCGACGCUGAAUGCCUUCGAAUAUAAAAAUGUUUGCAAUCAAAUGGACGCUGGCAAACCAAUUGGAAACGAAGAUUGUCUGUAUGUAAAUGUAUUUACGCCUGACACAACAUUUUCGAAAAGACUGCCAGUCAUAUUUUUCAUUUUCGGUGGAGGGUUCUAUGCAGGCUCAGGCAACAUUUAUGGUCCGGAAUUGUUGUUAGACCAUGACGUUAUUUUGGUAACAUUUAACUAUAGAGUAGGACCAUUCGGGUUUCUUUCUCUGGGAAAUCGAAACUAUUCUGGUAACCUUGCACUUAAGGAUCAACUGUUAGCCUUGAAGUGGGUACGUGACAAUAUUCAUUCAUUCGGCGGGGAUAAGGAUAAAGUAACUAUCCAUGGCUGGAGUGCCGGAUGCUGGUCUGUUAGUUUACAUAUGGCUUCACCAGCUUCGCAGGGUUUAUUCAACAAAGCCAUUUGCUUCAGUGCUUCAGCACUGGUACCGUGGAUUUUAAGCUAUGUCAAAGAUCAUAGAAAAAUAGCAAGAGAUUUUGCAAUUAGCCACGGCUUUCAGCCGUCAAAUGAUCAACAACUGAUCGAUUAUUUAAAGAAUCUUGAUGCUGACACGUUGGUCACUAUGGCGUACACAGAUUUUUAUACCCCAGGAACGAAGGAAAAGGCCAUUAGGUUACCUUGGACACCAGUUGUAGAAUCUGCAACAUCAAAAAAUCCAUUUUUACUGGAAUCACCGGUAAAUUACUUCAAUAAAGAGAAAUACGGUCGAUCCAGUAUUGACACAUUAUUCGGAUACGCAGAUGCUGAAUCGUAUUCAGCAACGUCAGCUGAAAUACAAAAUCCUUCUUUGUUGACCCCAUUCAAAGAGGAAUUUAGAUUCCAAUUACCACUGUUGGGACUCAAUUACAGCUUCAGUGACCCGGACUAUCCUCUUCUAUCAAACGAAGUUCGACAAUUCUAUUUUGGCAAUGGCAACAUCACAACUCAAGUAGCUCAAUUCAGCAGUAUGAUGAAUGAUCUAUUGUCGUAUCCGGUUCAUCGUGCCAUUAAGCUACAAUCUAAAGUGUCGUGUGGACGUACCUUUUACUACAUAUUUUCAGUAGACUUGAUGUUGAGUAGAUUCAAGAAAUUAUCAAAUGCAAACGCUCACGGCCUGACCGGAAACAGUACUCACGGUGACGAUAUAUUUUACGUGUUCAAAAUUAAAAAUUGGGACGAAAUUAUUGCGCCUGGCACUUAUGAAAGUCUCAGCCUAGACUCCAAAGAAGUUUCAGUUAUCAAGAUGAUGACCGGAAUUGUCGCAAAUUUUGCAACGACAGGACGUCCAACGCUACAAGACUCGUCAAUCGAUUGGAACGAAGUGGACAAAGAUGAACGGGACAUUAACUACGUAACCAUUACAGAAGAUGGGCUACGUGCGGGUGUGAAUCCGAAUUCUAAUAAUUAUGCGUUCUGGGAUAACUUUUUCAUCGAACAUCAGCAACGCCUAGGUUCAUAAAUCGGAAAUAUUUUGUUAUUGAAAUAAGUGGAAGUGGCUUCUUUAUCAAAACGGAAAAAGUCAGUUUGACCAGAUAGACAUCAGUACCUGUUUGGAUCGAGUUACGUCGACUGAUUUAAUUUAUACACCUUUAGCGACGCUGUAGACCAGAUUUUGCUUAAUUAAUUAAUUGUUUUCUUUAAGUUCCCACAUUCCUGCAAUGACUAAUGCAUCCAGUUUAUUAAAAAUGUG